AUGGCAACCUCAAACUCCAGCACAAUUGUGUCCUCUACAUUCUACCUCACAGGCAUCCCUGGCUAUGAGGAAUUUCACCACUGGAUUUCCAUUCCAUUUUGCUUUCUUUACCUUAUUGGAAUAACAGGCAACUGUAUGAUUCUGCAUAUCGUGCGCACAGAUCCCAGGCUCCAUGAGCCCAUGUAUUACUUCCUUGCUAUGCUUUCACUCACUGACAUGGCCAUGUCCCUGCCCACGAUGAUUUCACUUUUUAGGGUCUUGUGGUCUAUUUCUCGAGAGAUCCAGUUUAAUAUUUGUGUGGUCCAAAUGUUUCUGAUUCAUACUUUUUCCUUCACUGAAUCCUCUGUGCUCUUAGCCAUGGCCCUUGACCGUUAUGUGGCUAUCUGCCAUCCCCUGCGAUAUGCUACCAUUCUCACGCCAAAACUUAUCGCCAAGAUUGGAACUGCUGCUCUGCUCAGAAGUUCUAUUUUGAUAAUUCCACUGGUGGCCCGUCUCGCCUUCUUUCCCUUCUGUGGCUCCCAUGUCCUUUCUCAUUCCUAUUGUUUGCAUCAGGACAUGAUCCGCCUGGCUUGUGCUGACAUCAGAUUUAAUGUCAUAUAUGGACUAGUACUCAUCACAUUGCUGUGGGGCAUGGACUCCCUGGGCAUUUUUGUAUCUUAUGUUUUAAUCCUUCAGUCAGUGUUAAAAAUUGCAUCCCGUGAGGGUAGACUUAAGGCCCUCAACACAUGUGCAUCCCAUAUUUGUGCUGUGCUCAUUCUAUAUGUGCCCAUGAUAGGAUUAUCUAUUGUUCAUCGUUUUGCCAAACAUUCCUCUCCCCUCAUUCACAUCUUCAUGGCUCAUAUCUACUUAUUGGUGCCACCAGUGCUCAACCCAAUCAUCUAUAGUGUGAAGACCAAACAGAUCCGACAAGGAAUCCUCCAUUUGAUUUGUUCGCCCAAAAUCAACUCUAUUACAAUGUAA